GCCAUCCGCGUCCUCAGGACUUACUCCCUCUCGGGAACGUGCCACGAUCAGCAACCGAUUUUCAGAAUAGUUACUAAAAAGUUUGUAACGCCGGCCAGGCUCACGCUCCACGUGAGUGUUCCCGAGGAUCACGAGGAGAUCCAGAGAGUCCCAGAAGAAUUUGCGAGAUGAUGAACGACUGACAGACGACGGAAUUUUUUGCCGAAUGCAUCAAAAUAUAACACAAAAUUGAAUUGGAUGCAAAAGAUGUGGAAAGUGCGAUUAAUCUUGAGCGUUUUCGCGACGCUGAUCAUAUCAAGACUGACAGAAGCUGAUUAUUACGGGUAUAGUCAAGACCAAUACAGACAGAGCAAUGCUCCCUUUAAAUGUAUAGAAGAAGGUUACCAUCCCGAUCCGCAUGACUGCAGGAUUUAUUAUAGAUGCGUAGAUUGGGGCAACGGCAGCCCGCUGACGACCUUUAAAUUUGAAUGCGGAGUAGGCACGGUAUUUUCAAAGGAUAAAGGAGAUAUUUGUACACAUCCUGAAGAUAGCGGUCGGCCUGAAUGUGGUAGUUCCCAGAAUGAACUCGAUUCGAAUGGACAAAAUCCUCCUUCCCCCAUAUGGACAACAACAUUACGAACAACUAAGUGGUCGCAGCCAACUACGAUGCAGUCUCUAAUAACUAAACCUUCUACAAUUACGACUGAGGCUACAACAAUAAAAAAACCAGUAACAACAUUGCAACCACCGCUAACGGAUCGACCAGCUAAUAUAGACGAACCGGAAAAUAAUGUUAUUAAUUGUAAAAAUGAAUAUCGAUGUACGCAAGAAGGAUUUUUAGCCGAUACUUGUGAUUGCAGAAAAUUCUAUAGAUGCGUUAACGAAGGUUACGGACAAUUUAGAAAAUAUGAUUUUAAGUGCGGCGAAGGAACUGUUUGGGAUCCAGAAAUUCAAGCAUGUAAUCACGCUUGGGCUGUUACAAGGAAAAACUGCAGGCAGAACUUGGAAAGUGGAGAUAAUAAUGGACAAUGGAAUGGAUAUUGGCAGUCCGGGCCAAACAGGACAACCAGGAGAUUUAAAUGUCCACCAGGACAACCUGGAGAUUUAAAUGGUCAACCAGGACAACCUGGAGAUCCAAAUGGCCAAGCAGGCUCGUCGGGUAGUCCUGGCAGUUCUCCGGGAUAUCCGGGGACGCCGAAUUCUCCAGGCAGUUCAAGUAUUCCUGGAUCUCCUGCAAUUCCAGAUUCUCCAAAUUCAUCUGCUAAUCAAUCAUCAUCAGGUCUUUGUACAGCAGAAGGCUUUUUUGCUGAUUCACAAGAUUGUCGCAAGUUUUAUCGAUGUGUCGAUAAUGGCAUGUCUUCCUUCACGAAAUACGACUUUCAAUGUGGUACUGGAACCGUAUGGGAUGCGUCCCUUCAGAGUUGCAAUCACGCUUAUGCUGUACCACAUUGUAAUCAAGCAAACGGUGCAGCUACAGACAAACCCUGCACAUCGUCGAAUGAAAUAGGCAGUACCAUUGGACCAUCAGAUACAAGCAAAUUACCAUCACAAUCUUCUGAAAGCUCGAUCUUCCCAUCAACAUCUUCAAAACCAGAAAUACAAUCUUCAACUCAACCUGAGAGUACAAAUAAUCCCACUGCAUCGUCUCAGACGUCAAUUUCUUAUUUGCCACCCAGUACAUACUCACCUUCGACAAUGCAAGUUACCGAAUCUGUUUCUUAUGUUCCUCCUGCAACACAAACGACUACUACUUCCGUAUCUUACUUGCCACCUUCGAGUACAACUACCAAUGUAAUUUCUGGAUCUACAUCUGAAUCUGUUUCAUAUUUGCCACCCGAUGGUAGCACUGCAACAACUACUUUGCCAAGUUCUGUAUCUACUGCCUCUUCGCCUCAGAAUGGAAAAUCUGAGUGUGUUAAAGAAGGUUUCUUUUCGGAUCCUGAUGAUUGCAAAAAAUUCUAUCGUUGUGUACAAGCUCAAUCCGGAUAUCAAAAAUACGAAUUCGAAUGCGGGCCUGGUACAGCAUGGGAUCAAUCAAUACAAACGUGUAAUCAUAUUGAGAAAGUAACUUCAUGUUCAACAGACAGCAAUAAAAUUGAUCAAAAUCCCAGUACUUCCGGUUCUACAUCUGGGCUUCCUGCUACGAGUAGUUCCACGACUACUGUUUCUAGUCAGACAAUUACGACUACGUCAUCAUCUUCAGUUUCAAUUUCCACUGAAAGCACGACAGCUGCUAGUACUUCAAGUGAAACGUCUACCGAAUCAACUACACCAGAAACAGACAAAACAGAGUCAUCGUCGACAACUACUGUUACAUCUACUAGCGAAAAUCCUGCUACAGGAAGACCAGAAGAGAUUCAAAUGCCUGGAAGCUCCACUACAGAAAGUUCACUCUCGUCUGAAUCCUCACCUACUUCUGAAUCACCUGCAGAAUCAUCUUCAUCUACUGAGUCACAUGCACCAGACUGUGCCACACAAAAGCCGAAGCCGAGCAAUGGAAUAAUAUGCAAUGACGAAGGGUUUUAUCCACAUCCAACUAGAUGUGAUAAAUUCUAUCGCUGUGUUAAUAAUGGCAAUGGUUUCAACGUAUAUCAUUUCGAUUGUGCACCAGGCACUAUUUUUGAUUCUAGCAUCAAUGUAUGUAAUUAUCCUGAAUCCGUUUAUCCCGCAAAAGAUUGUACGACUGGAAAUAUUUCAAGCAACGCAGAAACAACUCCAUCCGAAAUGCCUGAACAUUCGACAUCAAUGGAAAUUACUACUGUAACACAGAGCGCAGCUCAGCAAACAGAAGAAAGCACAGUGACAUCCACAGAGCCUGGUGCGACGACUUCAUCCAUGGAGACUACUUCAGAGGAAAGCGCUACCGCUUCUGGUACAGAAUCAACAACGUCAAAUAUGAUAGACAGUACCGAAAGCAUGAUAGAGUCUACGGCUGCAUCAACUACAGCCACCACAGAAUCCGUUACAGAUUCUAGCACCUCUGAACAGAGUAGCGAAGCUACAACGGAAGUUAAUGCUUCCACAGAGUCUGAAAUGUCUACGACCGAGACAUCUCAAGAACAGUCUACAGAAGUCCAGGCACAAUCAACAACUACAGAAUCCCAGGAGCAAUCGACAACAGAGUCAAAAGAACCAUCCAGUACAGAAGCUCAAGAGCAGAUAACGACUGAAUUGCAGGAACAAUCCACGAUAGAAUCACAGGAACAGACGACUGAAUUAUCAGAAUCGACAACAGCGGAACCAGGAGUCGCGGCGCCUUGUUCUAUAGGCAAUUUGACCGACGAGCAAAUAACUUUAGUUUGUCCUAGUGGUUUCCGAAGGCAUCCAAAAUAUUGCAAUUUAUUCUAUCAGUGUACUUCCGAAGGCAACAUGGAAAUCAAGAUUCUUAUAUUGAGUUGUCCCGAAAAUACAAUUUUCGAUGAGAAAAAGAUUCAAUGUCUAUCUGCAAGUAAAAGCAGUCAGCCAUGCAUGGGCACCAGAACAAGCGCGAGAUUUUAUAGAAGAUUAGAAGACCAUGCUUUAUCACCCGUAAAAGUAUCUUCAAAUCAGCUUUGUCCGCAAGAAGGACAUUUCCCUUAUCGACAAGGUUGCAGCAAUAUCUUUUACAAGUGUAAACGCGAUACCCGAAACAGUUUACAAGGAUAUCUCUAUAAAUGUCCCGAAAACUUUGUUUAUUGGUCGGUCUCUAGAAGAUGUGAACGAGUGACGCGUCUCCCAAUGUGUUCACAUUUGUCGUAUAGAAACAAAAUUGACUGGAACGAUCGAUUGCAAGUACCAAUCGAAGAUUUUAAUCUUUCCGCCAGAAUGUUACGCUUCUCUUGAUUGAUUAAUGACGUCUAUUUUUAGACUCUUAAUAAAUAUUAAUUGCAAAUUUGCCAUAAAUGUUAGAGUAAUUAGACAUUUGUAUGAAUGAUUAUUAAUACGCGAUAUCCAUGACAUUCGUUUAUCGCUUUAAAUUAUGAAAAUAUACAAUCUUAAAAUAUUUCUAACUAUAUUGUACUUAUUGCUUAUUCUAGUGCAAAAAGUUAUUUUUGCUAGUGCAAUAUUACUCAAUAAUUUACGGUACUUAUAAAACAUAUAACAACAUGGCUACGGAAGAUCUCGAUUAAAAAUUUAAUAAUAGAUCUUCGGCAGUCGUCUUGGAUUAUAAUUAUUUUUAUCAAACUGCCAUUAUGCAAUUUUUAGUCAGCAAUAGAUGUAAUAGUGAGUCUAUUAAUAAUUAAUAUUGACAAGUGUGAGUAUAACUUUGCAAUAGAUUGAGUGCAAGAACAAAUUUUUAUUAAAAUUGGAGAUUAUUUAUUUUUGCUGAUACCAUAUAUAAAUGUGCAAUUCUAUCAAAAAUUGUUAGCUUUCGUCACUAAAUAUACAAUAAUUAGACAAAAGAUAUGCAUAAAAGAAGACAUAUUUAUAAAUAGUAAAUAAUUCCAAUUUUCAUAAAAUUAUCGUUCAGUAGGUAUCUUUUUUCAAUUAUUAAUAUCUGAUACUGGGAAUGGUUGCGGGACUUGUAUGCAAUAUUCUGACUGUAUAACACGAUAUGCUGUUUCUUAUAUUUAUUAACUAUAUUUGAUAUCUCGCAUAGAAAAUAUCCAUGACACAUCAUUUCAAAAAUGUAGAAUCUUAAAUGUGGCAGCUAGUUUUUUUAUUGUAUAGAAACAUAUCGUGUAGAAAUAUUCACGUGCAAUGUACACACGUUUUGUACAUAUCUUGACAAGUAGUUUCUCUUGAGAAAUCAAUGCUUUCUCAUGAACGUUUUAAUGCAUUUAUCAUGACAAUAUUUAUAAUGUAUGAAUAAACUAGAAUUAAUACUUGUUAAUUCUGUGACGUUUGCGUAUUUAUAUUUGAUCUCUACGUGAAAUAUUAAUAAAUAAUGUGAAAAGAA